CGCUAUAUAUAUAUUGUGUAUACUUUUUGGUGGGGUUCUCCCCACGUUUUACUUUCUCUUGAUGACUCCUGGAGGUGGCAGUGGGCCCAUGAAAGACUGCGAAUACAGUCAGAUCAGCACGCACAGCUCUUCGUCUCCCAUGGAGUCUCCCCAUAAGAAAAAGAAAACAGCUCCCAAGAGAAAAUGGGAGGUUUUUCCUGGAAGGAACAAGUUCUUCUGCAAUGGGAGGAUCAUGAUGGCUCGACAGACUGGAGUCUUCUACCUGACUCUUGUUCUCAUCUUGGUCACCAGUGGACUCUUCUUUGCAUUUGAUUGUCCGUAUUUAUCAGAGAAGAUUACACCUGCUAUACCUGCAAUUGGUGGGAUUCUUUUCUUUUUCGUGAUGGGGACCCUGCUGCGUACUAGUUUCAGUGAUCCUGGUGUCCUCCCACGCGCAACACCAGAUGAAGCAGCAGAUCUAGAGAGACAAAUAGGUAACAAUGAAGAUAUUGCAAAUGGCUCCAGUUCAGGAGGAUACCGCCCCCCUCCCAGAACAAAAGAAGUGAUCAUCAAUGGACAGACAGUGAAAUUAAAAUACUGUUUUACUUGCAAGAUUUUCCGCCCACCUCGUGCCUCACAUUGCAGCCUUUGUGAUAACUGCGUAGAACGGUUUGAUCACCACUGUCCCUGGGUAGGCAACUGUGUGGGGAAAAGAAACUACAGAUUUUUUUAUAUGUUUAUUUUAUCUCUGUCCUUUCUGACAGUCUUUAUAUUUGCAUUCGUUAUCACCCACGUCAUCCUUCGUUCUCAACAAACAGGGUUCCUCAAUGCCCUCAAGGACAGUCCUGCAAGUGUGUUGGAAGCUGUGGUGUGUUUUUUCUCUGUAUGGUCCAUUGUAGGCCUCUCAGGUUUUCACACGUAUUUGAUCAGCUCCAAUCAAACAACAAAUGAAGAUAUUAAAGGAUCAUGGUCAAAUAAAAGAGGUAAAGAAAACUAUAAUCCAUACAGUUAUGGCAACAUCUUUACUAAUUGCUGUGCUGCACUCUGUGGGCCCCUCUCUCCAAGUUUAAUUGACAGAAGAGGAUUUAUACAACCAGAUACACCCCAAUUAGCAGGACCAUCAAAUGGCAUCACUAUGUAUGGGGCCACACAGUCUCAGAGCAACAUGUGUGACCAAGACCAGUGCAUUCAGAGCACUAAAUUCGUUUUGCAGGCUGCUGCCACCCCUCUACUACAGAGUGAGCCCAGCAUAACUAGUGAAGAGCUACCUUUACCUGGAAAGACUUCUCUCAGUGGGCCUUGUGCAUCUCUAACUCUAGGGCAACCAACACCACCAUCUUCCAUGCCAAAUCUCACAUCAGAUACAGGUUUGACAGACAUGAUACCUUUAAAAGAGGAACACGAAGGCCAUCAGUUUCUUACUCCUGAAGAAGCUCCGUCACCCCCUGGGAUGCUGCCAAGUGGAAGUCCUAUUACACACAGCCAUACAAUGCACGUCCUGAGUCUAGCCAGCCAGGAUUCAUUGCAUGAAGACUCAGUACGUGGUCUCGUGAAGCUUAGCUCAGUUUGAACAGCUCUUAUGAACAUCGCACCACUUCUUGGUGUCUAUACGAAUCUUUAAGAGGAACGACGCUGCAGUACCACUGUAAGACUUCAUAACAUGGCUAUAGUGGAAACUUUAUCGCAUAAUGGAGUCUACUAAAAAGACAAGUUAUUUUUUCCAUUGGAGCUAUGGCAUUUUUUUGACCAGGUUGUUAAUAGCUAUGCUUUGAUGGUGACUGUAUCUUAUUUUUAAGCAGAACCAGAAAUGGUCAAUAAUCUUGUUUCCUGCAGUUUGGGUACAGCAAGUUGGAAUUCAGCGUAUAACAAAGACCAUGUACUGUACAAAAGAGAGAUUCUUGGAUGUAAGUGUCAUGCUCUGUGUUCUAUGCUCUUGUAAUACACACUUGUUAAGGCUUACCACACUUGUGGCCAGAAUGAUCUGCACUUACAUGUUAUGCUACUAAUAUUUGAGGUAGAAAAUUACCAUUCCAUUUGUUAAUACAAAAUUAAAAAAAAAAAAAGACUGCAGAUAUGGAUUUGCAUGCCACGCUACAGUAUGUGUUACGGUGGUGUUGGUAUUAAGAGAAAGUGCUGCUUUUUUAUUUGUGACUUUCAAAGUGCUGUUUCAUUUAAAGACAGUGCAACAGACAAAUUAAUGGACUACAUUAUUUUUUCAAUUUAUUAAAGUUUAUUUUAAAUUUAUCAGUGGUGCCUAGAAGAUGGAGAGUUACUGAUUUGAUCAUGUUGCAUAUCAUUUAACCUUCUGUUUAAGUGUUUAGAGUGAGGUAUUGUGUUGUGCCAUGCCAUAAGAUUCUUCCACUCCCUAAUGUGAUAUAAUUACCUGUGGACCUCCAAUAAAAUGACAUCCUCUAUUUCUUGGA